UGGUAUAAAAAGUAGCUCCUGCGCAGCAUUUGCGCUGAAACACGUCAGUCUUUAGGGCCUGGAGAUCUGUCGAACUGGGCGGCCGGCGGCUCUGACUGAUGCCCGAACCUGAAAAGAGCAGCAUGGCAGCCGCUGCAGAAGGCGGAGCCCGGCCCUGACCUGCGACCAUCACAACAUCCCUUCAUCUGAUCUGAGAGCUGAAGGUUUUCCAACUCCUCUUUACUCCCCCCCGCCCCGAUUCUCUAAUAUUCCCGCCCCUGCCCCUCUUUGUCUUUGCCUUCUGGUGCACGGGUAUUUGAUGGUGCAUCGCUCUCCCUUGGUUGUGUAAGGUGCGUGAGGAUCCCACGCACCGAGAUUUGGUCGCCAUGGAGUACAUCAGAAUGCCCAAGGUGGAAAAUGUGCGCUUCAUUGAUGGAAUAUCUUCCAAAAGAACUGUACUAGGGACUCUGUAUCUAACAGCCACUCAUGUCAUCUUUGUAGAAAAUGAGCCAGACAAUCGUAAGGAGACAUGGAUUCUUUACAGCCAGAUCUCUUCAAUUGAGAAACUUGCUACAUCAGCUUCUGGUUGCCCAAUGCUGAUUCGUUGUAAGAAUUUCCAGAACAUUCAAUUCAUCAUGUCUCAGGAAAGAGACUGCCAUGAUGUUUACAUUUCUCUGAUACGUCUGGCACGCCCAGUGAAAUAUGAAGAACUUUACUGCUUUUCUUUCAAUCCUAAAUUAAACAAAGAAGAACGAGAGCAAGGCUGGAAUCUGACAAACUUAAUGGAAGAAUACAAUCGUAUGGGAAUUCCAAAUAAUUACUGGCAGAUCAGUGAUGUCAACAGAGGUUAUUGGGUGUGUGAUUCAUAUCCUACUGACAUCUACGUGCCCAAAUCAGCCACUGCUCAUAUCAUUGUGGGAAGCUCUAAAUUUCGUAGUAGAAGGCGUUUUCCCGCACUUUCCUAUUACUAUAAGCAGAAUAACGCUUCCAUAUGUCGGAGUAGCCAACCUCUAGCAGGCUUCAGUGCUCGAUGCCUGGAAGAUGAACAAAUGCUACAGUCGAUCCGAAAGGCAAAUCCCGGAAGUGAUUUUAUCUAUGUUGUUGAUACACGCCCCAAACUCAAUGCAAUGGCAAACCGAGCAGUUGGGAAAGGGUACGAAAACGAAGACAAUUAUUCCAACAUCAAGUUUCAAUUCAUAGGUAUUGAGAACAUCCAUGUUAUGCGAAGCAGCCUCCAAAAAAUGCUUGAAGUCUGUGAGCUGAGAUCUCCUUCAAUGAGUGAUUUCCUCUGGGGGCUAGAGAAUUCAGGCUGGUUGAAACACAUCAAAGCCAUUAUGGAUGCGGGCAUCUUUAUCGCAAAGGCUGUUGCUGAAGAGGGAGUCAGUGUUCUUGUUCACUGUUCAGAUGGAUGGGACCGGACUGCUCAGGUCUGCUCUGUAGCAAGCCUUCUAUUAGAUCCAUAUUACAGAACUAUAAAAGGAUUUAUGGUAUUAAUUGAUAAAGAUUGGGUUUCAUUUGGUCAUAAAUUUAAUCACAGGUACGGCAAUUUAGAUGGAGACCCAAAGGAGAUAUCACCAGUUAUCGAUCAAUUUAUUGAGUGUAUUUGGCAACUUAUGGAACAGUUUCCUUGUGCCUUUGAAUUCAAUGAAAGAUUCUUGAUCCACAUACAGCAUCAUAUAUAUUCCUGUCAGUUUGGAAACUUCUUGUGUAACAAUCAGAAGGAAAGACAGGAGCUCAAAAUUCAAGAACGGACUUAUUCACUUUGGGCUCACUUAUGGAAGAAUCGUGCUAAUUAUCUGAACCCUCUGUAUCGGGAAGACCACAACAGGACCCUUCAUCCACAAUCAGCUCCCUCCCAUUUUAUCUACAAGUUUUGGAGUGGAAUGUACAACCGUUUUGAAAAGGGACUCCAUCCAAGGCAAUCUGUUACAGAAUACCUGAUGGCUGUGAAAGAAGAAACACAACAAUUGGAGGAGGAGUUGGUGAUAUUAGAAGAGAGACUGACAAAACUUACAAAUGGGCAAUUAAAUAAUGAGGCAAAAAUAAAAAAGGAAAAUGGACGCAUGGCCAAAUCAUUCCAAGAUUACACCUCCCAUCUGAAAUCAUUCCCUUCUCGGAGUCCUUCACAAGGAGAUGAAGAAGACUCAGCACUCAUCCUUACACAGGAUAACCUGAAAAGCUCUGAUCCCGAUCUGUCAGCCAACAGUGAUCAGGAAUCUGGUGUGGAGGAUAUGAGUUGUCGGUCCCCAGGUGGAGGAGGCUUACCCAGUGAAGAUAGCACCAGAGACCAUGAUUCAGAUGAAGCUGUUUUUCUCACUCUCUGAUCAGGUUAUAAAGACUGCCUAUCAAAACUUCCAAAGAAAGGGAUUUAUGCACUUAAAAAGUCCAUAUGUGAUAAAGUAAUAAGCUAGAAUGUGUUUGCAUUUAUUCAUCUUCUCUUAUCCAUUUACAGAGCCAUAUAGAAUGAACAUUUUGUUUUACAUAACUAUUAUUAAUAGGAUAACUGUGUACAGUAAGACCACUCCAAAGAAAUGAUAAGAAAUGUUUAAGCAAUGCCAAAGCCAACCCAAUCCAAUUCAGAUCAAACCAAUACACAAUGUUAUUUUACCUUGACACCAAAAAUACUCAAAUGAAACAAGCAAAUAGAUGUCUUCUGUUUGGUUUCUUUUAUACGAUCUUGAAAAAAAAUUAUGUUGAAAAUAGCCAUGUAUGGACUUAAAAUAUUGUCAAAGAUGCCUGCAUAUUGAAGGCCAUUGCCAAAGAAAUUUGGAAAAUUAAGAAUAAUCAAAUCAAUUUUCCUAGAUUAGUUCUAUGACUUGGAUGGUAGUAGUAACACUGCUUCUGUUGAUGCCUCUGCAACUGCUGUUUUUCCCCAUUUUUCUCUUCAAGUAGUCUAUCUUCAAUUGAACAGCUCCUGGUUCAUGUUGUCCUAUCAAAGUGGUCUACCAUUAUCUUCUCCCAGGAUUUCCUCCCUCUCUUCCCCAAUCCUGGAUUAUUGUGGCGAUCCCCCCACCCCCAAGUAUUAAUCAGGUCUGACUCUACAUUGCCUUUUUACAUUUGACUGAUGUUAAAUUAUAGGUCAGCAAGAGAUUUACUCUACCUAUACUUAAAUCAUGCCAUUCAUCUCUUUGUGAGUUCAGGUUAAUAUAGCAGGGACUAUAUACUUUUCAUCUUCUGAAUUGCAGAAUAGAAUAGGGAUCAUGACAAAGGAGGAUGGAGAUAGGCACAUCUAUUCCCAUGUAUAUUUUUUGAAGUGGACUAUUGGAAGAUGUGACUUCCAGUAGCUUAAAAUACUUCAAUCUAUAUGCCAUUCAAGGAAACCUAGGAAAUUCUAAAGAAAAAUGCUUUCCAAAUUCUCUUUUAUAUUCAUCCUCAUCAGCUUGCAAUAAAUCACUGGUCCUUUCCCAAAUAUAGGUAGUCCUUAUUUAUUGACCCCAAUUGGGAUGGGCAACCUGGUUGUUAAGUGAAACACUCAUUAAAUGAAAAUCACAUGACCACAACAAUGCGUACAAUUUUACUUCAGUUUUUCUUUGCUUCUGCUUACUUCCUUCAGCUGACCUGGUUUUUUUUUUUAAAUCUUGGUAUCAGAUAAAUAAGCAAGUGAGAAUAAGAGCAGAGAGAGGCUGAGAAGAUCAUAAAUUUGGGUACUGAUCAAGUUGUUUAUUUAGCAUUUUUGUAACCUGUAAUCCACCUGUAGGGUUUUUAAAACAUUGAACAGCUUUCACCAACCAAAAUUAAAUGUAAUUGAUUUACUCACCAGUUACACAUUUAAUGUCCUUCCUCCCUCCUUCCCCCAGGCUAAACAUUUCUAUUUGUUACUUAAUUUUUGAGGUAACCUCAAGCAGGAGAAUAAAUGUAAGACUUUCAAUUAAAGUUAAAAGAGGAACCUGGGACCAGGCUGGCCAGUAAAAGGAACACUUCUUUGUAGAAGACAUCCUGAAAGUUAUGAUUUGCUAUUAUUAGAUAUGGUAAUGGACAUUAACGUAAUUGGUUUUAAAAUGAAACUAGAUAUAUUUAAGGAAGAUAAAGCUAUGUCUAACCGUUUUAACCACUUAUCUCACCCCUCCAAAAUUUGAUAAACAGAGCAGAGAACAGUUCAAUUGCACACCACUAGACCCCCCCUCCCCAAAUCAAGCAAAUGUUAAGAACAACUGUUUGGUCUUUCUCAUUUGGUGAAAUAAAGCAGGUUCCUUUGGAGGUAGAACAUUUUUACAGCAGCCCAAAUUGUACCAGAUGUAAACAAGGUGCAACGCAUCUUUCACUGAAGUCCCACCAUGAUAAGCUGUUUCAUAUGUUGUACAGUAAUAAUGUGUUUAAUUUCUUUUGAAUCUUACAUGGCUAUACAUUCAUAACCAGAUUUUAGUAUCUAUCUUAUUUUGAACACAAGCUGUGACGUACUCAAUUGGUAGUGCCGAACUCAAAUAUAAAAGCACUCUACUGUAAAAUGGCUACUCUAUAAAGCACGGGUCUCAAACCCGUGACGUCAUGUGAUGUGUCGUGACAUAUCGUGACUUUUUUCUCAUUGCCAGCAAUGGGUGGGUGCAGUUUUGGCGUGACACAGUUUGACACCCCUGCUAUAAAGCAUAAAUUGAUGACGGUCAAAUCUGCUAUAAAAUUUGCAUUAUGGAAAUGCUGUAGAAUAUACCAUAUUAUGUCUUCUAGAAAUUUUGUAUAGUGUAUUUUACAUAUGAAACUAUUCCUACUCAGCUUUUACUUUUACUUGGAGCCCAGAGAUCUUUCAUUUAAUAGUUUGUCUUGUAUAGUAGCAAUGCUGAUUAUUACUAAAACUAUUGCAAAAUUAAAGAUAUAGUAUGCACUAUUGGCAUUAGUAUAAUUUAGAAAAUUAAAAACUAUGUUUGGUUA